CAGGAUCAGCGUUACUGUAUCCGCUUCGCUUAAUGAAGGUUGAUGUAGUUGAAGUGAAGCCGAUCCAGUGACAGCUGGACGCAGAUCAGUGUGCCCGAGCGCGUUCACCUUCACGCGGAUCAUCAACAACAUCAUGGCGUCUGCGACGAGAAUCAUCCAGAGACUUAGGAACUAUCUGUCCGGGAAAGAUCUCCAGUCUAAACUACAACUGCGAUACACUGAAAUCGCAAAGAGGACACAAGCGCCUCCCAAACUCCCUGUCGGACCCAGCCAUAAAUUUGCAAAUAACUACUACUGUCAGAGAGAUGGACGGCGAGAGUCUGUUCCAGCAACAGUGAUCAUGUCUUCUCAGAAAACCAUAACAGCUGGAAGUGAUGCUUCUGGAAAACCCAAAGUGCCGGUGAUACCUGGACCCCAUCUAAAGGAACUUCCACUGAGCGCCGACUAGAUAUAGGGCUCUAAUCUAAGCCGCUGUUAUUAUAUUUAAUAAACGUGUGUAGAACUCAUAAUAAAAAAACAAAGUGUAUAUAACAGAAA